GGGAAAGCCAAAUCGUCUGCAGGCCCCUGCAGUGAAAGCGGAGCAUCUGGAAGACAGCUAGCCGGCUGGGGAGGUGGAGGACGGGGAGAGAAGAGGAAGGAGGCUCCGGGAGCAAGCGAGACAAAAAGGGAGAGCAGAGAGAGAAGAGGGAUCAUCUCUCAUUUCUUCAUUUCCCCCCCAUCCUUUUGAGUUAAUUUUCACCUCCCUCAUCCACACUACCCACCAUCAGACAUCACCCAUAAGCCUGUAAGACUCUCAGCGAUGCCGUCCAACACUGUCACCAACGCCAACACCGCUGCAUUCAAAGGCUCAGACUUCGCCGAUUCACCUGGAAGCAGAAUGGAUGAGAGCACAAUACUAGACAUGGAUCUGAUGCCAGAGGAGAAGCUGACUAAAAGUACUGCCUCUUGUAAGGUUGGCAAGCCUGGAAGGAAGCGCAAGCAGUUUCCAGUCGAAAGCUUUGCCUCUAUCAAUGACAGCAUGAGUAUGGUCAACAGCUUCGCCGGAGUGGGUAGGCCGUCCAUGGCACAGGUCCACAAUGGAGACAUGGGCGGACACAGGGACAGGAUGUCCGAUGCCUGCUUCCCCAAACAGGAGAAGAGGGAAGUGGAGAACGGGAUCCCGAGAGACCCUUCCUCCUUCCGGGCAGAAGGCAGCUCCCAGGGUCGGAGCUUGAGUCCUUCCCAGGAGAAUGGAUUCCUGCCCAGCCGGGACGAGCAGGACUCGGAGAAAGAGAAGGACGACGGGCUGAUGACGCCGCGCAAGAAACGAGGCAGACGGAAACUGGAGCGCCCGACCAAAUAUGUGGAGCACAAGGAGGAGGACGGGAGUGAUGCAGUCAAGACCGAGGGAGGUCGAGGCAGGCUGCGAGGGGGAGUUGGUUGGGAGAUCAGCCUUCGUCAGAGGCCCAUGCCCAGAAUAACCUUCCAGGCUGGUGACCCUUAUUACAUUAGCAAGCGGACCAGAGAGGAGUGGCUGGCCAAGUGGAAGAUGGAGGCAGAGAAAAAGGCUAAACUGAUGUCAGCGAUGAAUGCCAUGAAGGAUCACGAGGAGAGCGAAACAGAGACCCGGAGAGAGGAGGUCUCAAUAAUCAAACACCCACAGCCUUCAAAACAGCAGCAGCAGCAGCAGCAGCAGCAACAACAGCAACAACAGCCUCAGCCUCAGUCGCACAUUCAGCCUCAGCCUCAGUAUCAACAGCAAUCGCAACCGUCGUUGCCACAGCAACAGCAACAACAGCAACAUCAGCAGCCGCCUCAGCAGCAGUCGCCUCAGCAGCAGCAGCAGCAGCAGCAACAGCAGCAGCAACAGCAGCAGCAACAGCAACAGCAACAGCAGCCCACUGACCCAGCUUCUCCAACUGUGGCCACAACCCCUGAGCCCGUCGCCAUCGGAGGAGGAGACAAGACAUCCCCCAAGUCUGCAGACACUGAACCCGAAUAUGAGGACGGCCGCGGUUUUGGUAUUGGCGAGCUGGUGUGGGGGAAACUGCGAGGGUUCUCGUGGUGGCCGGGCCGCAUCGUAUCCUGGUGGAUGACAGGACGGAGCAGAGCGGCGGAGGGAACUAGAUGGGUCAUGUGGUUCGGAGAUGGCAAAUUCUCAGUGGUCUGUGUGGAGAAACUCAUGCCUUUAAGUUCCUUUUACAAUGCCUUUCACCAACCAACUUAUAACAAGCAGCCCAUGUACAAAAAAGCCAUCUAUGAAGUGUUACAGGUGGCCGGCAGCCGUGCAGGAAAAACCUUCAUAACCUGCCCUGACAGUGAUGAGACAGAGACCUCCAAAUCAGUGGAAAUGUUGAACAAGGAGAUGAUUGACUGGGCAAUGACAGGAUUUCAACCCACUGGACCCAAAGGCUUAGAGCCACAAGAGGAGGAGCGUAACCCAUACAAAGAGGUUUACCCGGAGAUGUGGGUGGAGCCAGAAGCGGCAGCCUAUACGCCUCCUCCUGCCAAAAAGCCCCGCAAAAGCACAGCAGAGAAACCCAAGGUCAAGGACAUAAUUGAUGAGAGGACAAGAGAGCGACUUGUCUAUGAAGUGAGACAAAAGUGCCGCAGCAUAGAGGACAUCUGUAUCUCCUGUGGAAGCCUGAACGUUGGCCUUGAGCACCCUCUGUUUGCUGGAGGAAUGUGCCAGAGCUGUAAGAACUGCUUCCUAGAAUGUGCGUAUCAGUAUGAUGACGAUGGUUACCAGUCGUACUGCACGAUCUGCUGCGGUGGACGGGAGGUGCUCAUGUGCGGAAACAACAACUGUUGUCGGUGCUUCUGCGUGGAGUGCGUGGACCUCCUCGUUGGUCAAGGAGCUGCCCAUGCUGCCAUCAAAGAAGAUCCGUGGAACUGCUACAUGUGCAGUCAGAAGGGUGUUUUUGGUCUGUUGGAGCGUCGCACCGACUGGCCCGUCCGCCUCCAGCAUUUCUUUGCAAAUAAUCACGACCAGGAUUUUGAUGCACCAAAGCUUUACCCCCCAGUCAUGGCGGAGAGGAGGCGGCCCAUUCGUGUCCUGUCGCUAUUUGAUGGCAUAGCAACAGGGUUCCUGGUGCUGAAAGAACUUGGCAUCCAAAUAGAUCGCUAUGUGGCAUCUGAAGUGUGCGAAGACUCCAUCACUGUGGGUAUUGUCCGACAUCAGGGGCGCAUAAUGUAUGUGGGCGACGUGCGGAACGUCACACGCAAACAUAUACAGGAGUGGGGUCCUUUUGAUCUAGUUAUUGGUGGAAGCCCAUGUAACGACCUCUCGAUUGUCAAUCCUGCUAGGAAGGGUCUUUAUGAGGGCACUGGCCGCCUGUUCUUUGAGUUUUACAGGCUGCUCCACGAGGCUCGGCCGAAGGAAGGGGACGACAGGCCUUUCUUCUGGCUCUUUGAAAAUGUGGUCGCCAUGGGUGUAAGUGAUAAGAGGGACAUAUCUCGCUUUUUAGAGUGCAACCCAGUGAUGAUCGACGCCAAGGAGGUGUCAGCUGCCCACCGUGCCCGUUACUUCUGGGGAAACCUUCCUGGCAUGAACAGGCCUUUGAGUGCCAUGUACACUGACAGGCUGGACCUCCAGGACUGUUUAGAACACGGCAGAACAGCUAAGUUUGGAAAGGUGAGGACCAUCACCACCAGGUCUAACUCCAUCAAGCAGGGCAAGGACCAGCACUUCCCCGUCUACAUGAACGAGAAGGAAGACAUACUCUGGUGCACUGAGAUGGAGAGGAUCUUUGGCUUCCCCGUUCACUAUACGGAUGUGUCCAACAUGAGCCGACUGGCGAGGCAGAGGCUCCUGGGCAGGUCAUGGAGCGUCCCAGUUAUCCGCCACCUCUUUGCACCACUUAAAGAUUACUUUGCCUGUGUUUGAGCGGCGGGAAAAGUUGCUCGAAAAACCAUUUAGGAACUACAACUGUACGUUGUGACUAGAAAUAAGAGCUUUGAUCCGCAAAUUAUACCCUGGUAUAAUUUGCGAGCGAAACAUUGUCGUAGAUUUUUACAUUAUUUCUUGUAUUUUAUUGUAAUUCCUAUUCUAUUUAAUUUUGAUAUGUCAUUUUACCUUUUAGCAGUGUUAUCAAGUAUUGUUGAUUUGUUUGUGCAAGCUAUACUUGAGACUAUGCUUUCUUCUCAAGACACUGAGACAAAAAAAAAAGUGCUAAACAUGUAUCGUAGACGCGAAAGGUGACGCAAUGGGAAACAUCAGAAAGACAGGAAAUAGUUGUUUUUUUAUUUCAAGAUAUGUGAAAAGUUUCUGCUGUGUGAGCGUACUGUAUGUCGGCGCUGCGAGAUCCCCAUCUGCAGGGCGGCCAUGCUUCCAGCUACUGAGCCUCACAGAUGUGAAGGAGAAAGGCGAUUUUCUUCAGUGUCAGGAGAGCCGUGUCUCUGAGAAUCCAAAACACCAGAUCACAUAUACCUCUUUGUUUACAGUUUCUAUACACAGCUGAAGGUAAUAAAGGUACUACUGUAAUAUGGUUACAAUACCAUGGUGCUCCAAGAUGAUGAGAAACAUCAUAGCCCAUGUGGCACUUAUAACUUUAGACAAUACGGAGCUGUUGAACCUGUUGCUGGAAAAAAAAAAUAUAUAUAUGUUUGAUGUUUUUACAUUUAAAUGAAAUAACAAAUUCAGUUCUGUGCCGUUACGUUCACUUCUAAGGAAACACUGAAGUGACAGACCUUUGAUUGCAAAAUAGAGCUUAUCCUCUUUUCUGCAUUUUACAGCUUUUAUACAGAUUUCACUGGUGCUCAUUUUUCUCUUAGCCUUGCUACGCUCGGGCACACCGCCCGGGUCUGCACAAACAGAAAGUGAAGCUAGCCACAUGGGAAAUGAUGUUUUCUGUCAUUCAAAGAUGAAAAUAACUUAAGAUCAAAGUCUGUGGUGAGCUACUUUUGUCUAGUUUCAUCCUGACCAAUGACAUUACUGUACAACUGUUAGUAAGCGUGGUCGCUGGAGGGAGGGUGACCAGGCCGGGUAACCGUCCUCCUCCACUUCCACCUCUCUAAACUGAAAAAAAAAAAAAAAAACUGUCAGGUGCAACUCCUCAACAAUAUGGUGCGGCUUCACAAAGUUCUUCUAACUUUUUAUAGCAAUUUUGUGCUGUUUUAUCAACAUUAUAAAGCACUUUUAUAUGUAUACUUUCUUUUUUUCUUGAUAUUUUUUAAAAAGAUAUUGGUUCUCGUGAAUUGUUUUUCUGUUUAUUUGUUUUUGUUUUGUUUUUUUAGUUUUAUGAUGUGAACUGAUCUACCCUCGUGUAAUACUUUUUGUAUACAGUAGGGCUGUGCCAAUAGAAGUGAAAGAAUGGAUUUUGAUAUGUGAAACCCAUGUUAUUUGACUCGGUGUGCAGUAGAUGGAUCGACAUUUGUGACCCCCUUCCCUUCUUACCAUCGUUAAUAUUGUUCUCUGUUUUAAAGCAGCGAUACAGUAUGUUGGCACCCAAAUUCAACGAAUGUCUAUUUCUAUUAAGAUUGUAAAAUGUAACACAGAGUUUAAGUGCUGUGUCGUCUGCGUUGUUAAAUACUUUGUCCCCUGUGAAGGACAGUUGGGCCUCUGAUAUUUCCCUGAUAAAAAAAAACGUAGUCGUCAUGUUGGCAAAUCUUUAUGUGCUGAUCCAAAUUUGGAUUGCGUUCACAAACUAAAUUCUCUUGAUUGUAACCUCUAAGCUAAAUAUGGAGGAUUUAGGCUGCAGUUUGUCAAAACGAAAAACUGACACAGUGUUUGACCGAAGACGUCAGCACUCAAAGAGUAAAGAGGGUAUUAAAAACAGAUGCUAUCGCUUAUCUAUAUCAUAUUUAAGAUUCAAAAUUUUGAAAUUUAAUUUCUUAAUGUAAUUAAUUUCUUAAGUGACCUUAUUGAGAUCAUUUUUGUCCUGGCACCUGAGGCUCAAUGCGCCCUCGUGCCAUGUGAUAUUUUAUCCAGAUGUUAUUCUCCCCCACCCUCCUCCUAUAAUACUUAACAUCCCCUCAUGUCUGUACAUUUUGUACAUAGAGUUUUCUGGUUGCUGUUUUCAUUUUUAUUUUUAUUUUUUACGUAUGAGAUGUACAAAUAUAAUUCUUUGCUAAUAUAUAUCAUCAAAUUAGAAACAAAAAUCUUAGGUGAAAGAUUAAAAAUCAAGUGACAAAUUUGAUUCAAAACUUGCUUUAAGCAUUAGAUGUAGGGAGACUCCAAGUCAACUCAUUCAUGCCGAUUUGUUUGCCUCAAGAUUUGAUGUGGUGCGAUCGAAACAUUGGCCUAUGGACAGCUUUAAGGUGAACGCUCUCAACUUCGCUGCACAGCCCUACACGGUGGUGUUUUUUGCUUCCGUUUCCUUUUGUAAGACUUUAAAAAAGAGGGAUUGUAGGUGUUUCCGAUGGUGCUAAACAUUUUAUCUAAUCAAGAAAAAAAAUAUAUUUGAUUGGAAGACAAAUAAACACGUCUCUCGACAAUGACUGUUUUAAGUUCCUUGUAGUAAUGGAAAAGAACUAUUAUUUCACUCAUAUAAAUAUAUUAACAAAGGCAUUUUAAAUUUGUACUUGAAAAAAUAAGGAUAACAAAUAAUGAAAGGUUUCCUAUAUUGUUUUAGACUAGAGAUUGCUGUAGUUGGUGCUUAUCUGUGGGAAAAUUGUGUGAGAAAAAAAAAACGGUAAUAACUUUUACUGUAGCAUAAUGUAUGCUUAAUACGCAUCGCUUCUUAAUCCUACAUUCCAUGCCGUACUAUUCUCCAUGUCUGUUUUUUCCGAAUGUUGUUUUGAAUUUAUGCUUGUUUGUUUUUCUUUUUUUUUUCUUUUUUUUUUAUCAGAAACAACAUUUCAUUUUGUUCAAGGCAGGUCAAUUCUUCUAUAUUUGGUGAUACUGUUGACACUCUAUGUGACUUCCUUUCUGUCAUAACUGUUUUAUGGCCUAUACGCUUAUCCUCAAAACCAGUUCGUACAGCAAAUGUAGCAGUCAUUCUCCACUUUGACCUCCCCUCCCCAUACUUAUGUUUAGUGGCCAGAGAGAAGAUAAAAGGCUCCGUAUGUACUUGUGCUGGAGAACACUUGAAUAAAUGUAUUGUUUUUGUGCAAAAAAAAA